AUGAAGUUUAUCACGAGUAUCGCCACAUUCAGCCUGGUUUCAACCUCGGUCGUUGCUAUCCCAGCCAGUCCCAUCGCCACCCCAAACCCUCAUCUCGAGCCAAUGUGGCCAAAAUGCGUCAAAUUCUACGAAGCUACAGGUGGUGAGACGUGCGACUCCAUCGCCUCCAAAAACAACAUCACAAAAGCCGAGGUCAUGGGCCUGAACCAGGCCAUUGGCGGCCUCCGUGGGUGCUCAAUGAAUAACAUCUUCGAGGGAAGCCGAGACGGAAAAGGCACUUCGAGGAAGAGCUUCAAGGCAUCAGAUUCGCGGAGGAAGGGCGCAGAGUAG